CCAAGUCCAGUCCAUAAACCCUUUGAUCCUAUAAAAAAACGCAACCCUAAAACCCUGGACACUUAACCCUAAUCAUCUGCUACGAUACUCAGUCUCAGCCUUUGCAGAAGCAGCAAUCUUUAACCGGCAAAGCAAUCAGACAUGGCGGCCUAUGCAGCAAUUAAGCCGGUGACAAAGCCUGGCUAUGAAGAAGCCCAAGAUUCCCUUCACAAGAUCAGAAUCACCCUCUCCUCCAAAAAUGUCAAAAAUCUCGAAAAGGUGUGUGCUGAUUUGGUCCGUGGAGCCAAGGACAAGACUUUGAGGGUCAAGGGACCUGUCAGGAUGCCCACCAAGGUUCUCCGCAUUACAACUAGAAAGGCUCCAUGUGGUGAAGGUACCAACACAUGGGACAGAUUUGAGCUCCGUAUCCACAAGCGUAUUAUUGACCUAUUCAGCUCGCCUGAGGUGGUAAAGCAGAUUACUUCUAUUACCAUUGAACCAGGUGUUGAGGUUGAGGUCACCAUUGCUGAUCCAUAGAAGAUCUAAGCUUGCUUUGAUGGCUUUUUGGUGUUCUUAUGAUAUACGUAUGAUCAUCAUGUCAUUUAAAGUGUCUUGAGUAGUAGUUAUGGCGUACAAAUAAAUUUUUGGAGUAGAAACAGAUUUGUUUAGUUUUUCAGAAGCAACCGUACUGUCAAUUUCUGUUUCAAGGAUGCAAUUUGACAAUGAUAAUAUUAUUAAAUAUGAUUAUUUUUUUUGAGAUA